CGUUCUGCCACUCAGCUCCCAGGUGGCAGAGAGAGACAGAGAGGGAGAGAGCCUGUGUAGAAGUGCGUCGUAUUGAAAAAUACAGACAGUCUGAGAGAGACUGACAGAGGACUAAGAGAAGGAGAAUAGCUUGAAGAGUUUGGGCUGUUUAUUCAGAAAAGGAAGUACACCUUCACUCUCAGCACCUGGCGGAAUUACACCUGUAGAGGAUUUCAUUUGGUUUACUGCAAUCGCCUGGACUUGAAUGUGAAUCUACUGGAUUUUCUGAAGAUGCUGACGCUCUGUUUGUAAGGAGGUCCCCUCAGCUAGCAGCUACGUUCAAACACAAGUUCUGCAUGUAUUGCCUUUAAUCAGAAUGCAGUGAGGAACCACCCAUACGCAAACACCAUGCUGUGAGGUUAUAAUGGCGUCUGUACUGGCCAAUGGGACACGGGGGGGCCAGACUGUGGUCCUGAAGGGCGUGGACCCUGAGACAUGCAUGAUUGUCUUCAAGAACCACUGGGCUCAGGUGGUGAAGAUUCUGGAGAAGCAUGACCCCUUACGGAGUGGUCUAGGGACUGGAGGCCCUGGUCUGGGGGUCGGAGGUCAUGGAGGCCCCCGUUUGGGUGCAAUUCCCAGUGAUGAGGCGAGCGCGGUGCAAAACUAUGUGGAACACAUGCUGUUCCUGCUGAUCGAGGAGGAGAGCGGCCAGAACGGAGCAAUGGGGCCCAUCCUGGAGUUUGUGGUGAUGGAGAAUGUGAUGGAGAGGCUUUUCGUCUGGAGCCUCAGGAGAGAGUUCACUGACGACAUGAAGCUAGACCAGCUGAAGAUGUACGAGAUGCUGAUUGCUCAGGCCAGGCAGCCGCUGCUGCACCACAAACCCAUCCUACGGCCGCUGAUGAUGCUGCUGUCAUCCUGCUCUGGCUCAGCCGGCACAGUGUCCUGCACACCUGGCACAGCGGGCAGUGUGGAGGCUGAGCUGGUCCUGCUCCUGAACCAGCUGUGCUGUGUCCUGUCCAAAGAUCCCUCAGUCCUGGAGCUGUUCUUCCACACCAGUGAGGAUCAGGGUGCUGCUAACUUCCUCAUCUUCUCUCUGCUGAUCCCCUUCAUCCACAGAGAGGGCGCUGUGGGGCAGCAGGCCAGAGAUGCCCUGCUUCUCAUCAUGGCACUGUCUGCCGAAAACCACGUGGUGGCCAAACAUAUCGCUGAGAAUACUUACUUCUGUCCGGUGUUAGCCACAGGUCUGAGUGGUCUGUACUCGUCUUUGCCCACUAAGCUGGAGGUGCCCAGUGAAGACUGGCACUGUUUGAACAGAGAGGACUGGCAGCAGGUGCCUGCUCUCGUCCAGUUCCUCAACUCACUCGAAUUCUGUAAUGCCGUCAUGCAGGUAGCUCAUCCGUCUAUUAGAAAUCAGCUGGUUGGUUACAUCUGCAACGGUUUUCUGGUGCCUGUUUUAGCACCUGCACUGCAUAAACUUACUGUAGAGGAAGUGAUGACCACGACAGCAUAUCUGGACCUAUUCCUGCGGAGUGUGACUGAACCUGCCCUGCUGCACACCUUCCUCAGCUUCAUCCUCCUCCAUCGCUAUGACAGCGUGCACAUCCUGGACACGUUGGUCAGCCGCAUCAACACACCUUUCCAGUUGGGAACGGUCUCUUUGGGUCUUUUUCACACUCUGAUCAGCCUUUACUGUGAGGAUGUCAUGCUUCAGCUCAUCCUAAAGUAUCUGAUCCCCUGUAAUCACAUGAUGCGGAGUCAGCGGCAGGUGCUGAAGGAGAGAGACUGUUACUCCGUCUCGGCCGCUAAAAUCCUGGCCCUCACCCCGUUCUGCUGCUCUCCAGAGAUCGUCCCUCCACCUCUCAGACAACUGGACUCUAUCCUCUGGUCAAAGGGCACCAGUGGACCCCACUCAGGAAUGAUGGAAACCAAGCAGUCGUUGUCAGAAGAAGAUGACUCCGGCCACUCUUGUGUGAUUGGCUCAGAGAUUUACCUGGAUGUAAGUUACCUGCACUAUCUGUAUGAUGCUCGAAAUGGCAUUAGCAGCUGCAUGCGGGCAUGCCGGGUUUGGUCCGCCCCUUAUGAUGGUGAAAACCCGCCUCCAGACGAGUACCAGCCAAGUACGCUGGAAGAAGGGAGUCGGGUUUGUCCCUCCACUGCCACCCAGAGGGCAUCAAAACACCCACAAGGUCAGUCUCGGGUGAACCCACAGACCCUUAAUGACCUCACUACUGCCAAUGUACUGGAACUGGAGUGGGAUGAUAGCUAUGAUGCGUGUCCUGCACAAGCACAACCGGAAGAAGAACAAGUCAUUCCUGUGGUGAUCCCGGAGGAGCCCCCAAAACACAUCCAGGAAUUGCGGAGGACGGCAGUCAUGAUUGUUAAGGGCUCCUACAUUGAGGAGUCAGAAUUCCAAAACGAUGUUAUGGUCUACAAUCUGGUGGCCCAAAAGGAUGCUCAGGACUCUGCUAAAGUUAAACUCAACCAGGUUAACACCCAACCAGCUGUAGAAAAGCCAGGAAAACCAUUAAGUAAUCCCAGUACUCAGAAUUCCGAGUCUGGUUCUCCUGACAUGAAACCUCAAAUGUGUAAUGGUUUAAGCAUCUCCAAGAUGUCGACAGACAUGGAGAACCACUCCAAAGAGAAAGAUGGGUUCCAGGUGAUGGAGUCCAGGUGUCCAGAAGGAGAUGACCUAGUCAUUCAGUAUGAGGAACUAAUUCAGACUCUGGUGGUAGAAGCAGGCAGUCCAACAAAAUCAGACAAAGCUUUGAGGAGUCCAGUAGUGGCGAUGGAGGAAGAGGAGGAUGAAGUAGACUUCAGCUCGUUCUCAGCAGAAACCCCUGAAGCAGAGAAAAUCCCCUCGCCGUUUGGGAACAAACCUCGCAGUGGCAGUAGGAACCAUGCCAUACCUUUUACAGGUCCAUUUGUGAGCGUGUUGCUCUCUCGGCUGGAGAACAUGCUGGAUAACUCUCUCCAUGUGAACCUGUUGCUAACAGGUAUUCUGGCACAGUUAGCUGCAUAUCCUCAGCCCCUGCUGCGCUCUUUCCUGCUCAACACCAACAUGGUCUUCCAACCCAGCGUCCGUUCGCUGUACCAGGUGCUCGCUUCUCUGAAGAACCAGAUAGAACAGCUUGCAGCCACAAGGAAGGACUUCCCCGAGCUCCUCACAGCUGCACAGCAGUGCCUACUGGCCAGAGAGAGUUCGCUCAGAGAUUUGCUUCCAGGCUCAAACAGCCCUCACAAUACGGAGCGGUUCUCAAGUUCUGCUGCAAGCAGGACCCUGAAGAACCCACCUGUCCAGCCCAAGAUUGUGGUCCCUCCAAACCGUUCAGAGGUGUAUGCCACAGUCAUUUUCACAGAGUUCCUCAAAGAGCUGGCGGCUAUCGCACAGGAACACUCAAUUCUUUCCCAUCAUACCAUGGAGGAGUAGAGCUGCCAGCCAUUUCAUUUUUUUUUUAUUCUUAAAUCUGACUUUUUUCUUUAUCUUAAACUCUCAGUACUACUAGAUGAAGAAGAUACCUCUUAAACCGAUUGCUGUUCUUUUUUUUAUGUUUUCAGACACGUAAUGUCAGUUUUCAGCUUUGUCAGCUUUCAGAAUUAACCAAACUCUAUUUUUCACCAGCCUUAUUGGUAUGGAGAAAUGUUGCAAAGAGUUUCGCAUCACAGUGAAAGAGACAUGUUGGCCCACAUUGGCUGGAAACACAAUACUGGUCAACAGUGCUGGAAUUCCAGCUCCAGGCAAACACCAAAGACUGAAAGAUGAGAAGUUUCAGGCUGGUGGCGGUUGUCCAGAACACAGCAGAAGACACGAUUGUAGCGUCCAGCCAGUUUAAAUGUACACAGCUCAUGCCUUUUGUAUCCUCAUUCGGCCUUAUUACAGAAAGUAGUGCCUUCUUUCUCUCAUCUACAAUGCUGCAGAUAUUCACUGGUUCAGUUGACCAUUUCUGAAGUCAAUACGAUGAGUUAAUAUCACACAGAGGAAGCAGUGGGAGCUAGCACUGCCAGUGAGCAUUUCAAUCAUUAACAGUGAACAAACCUGUAAAUUUAUGUGUCAUUUAAUACUAUUGGAAAAUGUUUUGAAAAUCACUGCUAUCUUGUACUGUGGGAAACAGAAACUUUCCAAAAUUGAUACAUUUCACCGUAUGUACGUUUUCCCCCUGAAUGUCUCUGGAUUCUUUGUAUUAUGAGAUCAUUAAAUAGUGAUAUGUACGACUACUCAAAUAUUCGGUUAAACAUUUGAGAUGCCAGUAUUCAAAUACUGAAAUCACUAUUUGGGUAUUCAUUCUAUUUUGUCACGUAAAGACAGAGAAACAAUACAGACCAAUGAUACAGUGAAAUGCUGAUUUUAUGUUUUAACAGAAUAUAAUGUAAAAGUUUUGCACAUAUUUGUGAGUACGUAUGUCACGACUGCCUGAGCCUGAGUGCAUUUCCAAGGAUGUGACCGAGAAGGCAGAAACAGCACACCUUUUAUCACUAAACAAAUCUGUUGUUAGUUACAGAGACAGUGAAAACAUAUUCCUCUGACAAAAUAACAGGUAGGCUUGUUCAUUCAGGAGAAAAGUCCUGUAGAAGGUGAUAAGUCUGCAUCAGCAUCUAGUAGUAGAAGUUGUAAUUUUAAGUCAUUUGCUGUCCUGAAGGGGUACUCUCCAUUAUGCUACUCAUCUGACACGCAGUCCAACCGAUUUUUUGCAUGUGUAAGUGUUAGCUUGCGUUUAGCAAUUUUUAGAUUUUUGAUUGCUAAACAACCAGAGACAUUUGGAAGAAAAAUGUACACGUCGACACAGAGCAGGACAACAAAUGCCAUUCAUUUUCCCACAGAGAAAACUUGCUUAGACUCAGAGUUCCUUUGCAGACUGUAAAUUGACAACAAAGGCCAGUUAGCAUGGCUUGAACUAGCCUAACUAGCAGUGACAAAAUCAGCAAAUGUGUUAAGAACAUUGUAAUGUAAUAAGAGGCACUUACUUAUAAGUCUGUAUACAGAGUCGGAUCAAAUAUACAAACUAACAACAUCACAUUGCCAUUAGUUUUCUAAUGCAAAACAGCACUCAUCAUUCUUAUUUAAGCCUUUCUGAGUACCUUACACGUGCAUGUUAUUUGUUUUAGGAAAUUAUGUGAAUUUAGCACAGUAGUACACAUAUCGUAAUCAUUAGUUGUGCUUAUUUUUUCAAUGGGGAAGGGUAUUUAAACAGUUUUCUAGAGAGAUUAUAUUGCCAUAUUUUUUUCACAGAAGUUGUACUUAAGAGUUGUGUUUGUGUAUUUCUCGUGUCUUUUUAGCUACGACUGUUAGGGAUAGCACAUUAGCGGUGUUAGGCACAGGAGAAACAGCAGGAAGGAGACAGAACAGCAUAUUCAGUUUGUGGUAAGUUUGUAUAUAAAUGGUGCGAAAUCAUAGAGCAGGUUAUUGUAAUGUGCAAUACAAUUAGAACAUCUUUAGACCUGUUGUAGAAAGAUAUUGGUACAGUUGACCUGUCCACAAAUGCAUUUAUAGCUUCUGUUGUGAGAGUGGGCAAAAAUCCUAUUCAGUCUAACAAAGAGCUCAGUUUAUGAAAAUACUGUACAUACAUUUGGAGUGUGCAGUUCAUUUCAAAUCAUAUUUAGUUUCUAUGUAUGUGAAGGUUCACAAUGUUGGGAUCAACCUACUGGAUAUGACAGGUUGAGUUAUUUUCAUAUUGAGAAUCAGAGAUACUAUAAAACAGCACAGGUGCUCUUUACCAUCACUGAGAAUGCCUUGAUUCCUAUCUGGAAUUUAGGAAUACUUUAUCUACAAUAAUAAAAUUGAAUGAAAUCUGGUAGGGGCAGUUAGCAUUAUGCUAAUUCGUCCUAUAUCUCAUCAUUUAGACUUCAUUUAGAUAAAGUAUACCACAAAUAUUUCAUAUAUUUCCUCAUUCAUACCAAACGCUGACCAGCCUUCAGAGAUCAAGCCACACUGUAUAUGUUCAAUCCAAAGAUAUUUAUAUGGGUUUUUAAAAAUAUCAGGUAUAUUUUUACAGGACUACAAUAAGGACAGUUCCACAGAAAUCACUAACAAUAACAUGCAGAUACAGCAUUUUCUCUAAGUGUUUUGGGAGCAAAAAUAAAUAAAGGACAACCUAUUGAGAUGUAUUUGUUUAAUCUGUAAAAAUGACCCUUAAGGUGAUCUGAUUGAAUGUAUGUGCUAUGAAGCCCUGCUGUAAGUUCAGGUAAUGCUGCGUUUGAUGAAUUCUUUAUUUGUGGGGCAUCUGAAGCGUGCAAAAAGCCUUUUUGAAUAAAGACUUCUUGUCCUCUUA